AUAUUUUUUCUUCCGAUCCUAAAAUUCUGCUGUUCGCUGGCCUCCUCGCGAUCCCAUCAUCCUCGCAGCUCUCUCGCGCGGCGCUCCUUUCGGUUUUGAUGAAGAAGGGCGAAAACUAGAAGAGAAUUCCGGAGUUAAACCCAGCCGCGAAGGAGAGAUUCACAAUUCUGCUCUCCGUUAAUCAGCGCCCCAGUGAUGUCUCGGCCAAAGUAGGCUCCAGAUCAUGAAGCUAGUUUGUAGGACUGAAGUAUUGACAACGAAAAUGGUUGAGGACACAAACCCAGUACAAGAUAUAGUACAUGUUGUGCAUGAGGAUGCUUCUUAUGACAAGGAUGUUGUGGAGAUAAAAUUGCCAGACAGUGUUGUUUCUUCUGAUUAUGGUGGUAAUUUUGUCAAAGAUGUCUGCAUUGAUGAAGGACAACCUCCUCCUCAGAAGUUUUCAGAAGAAAAAGUAGUAGAUGAAAAGUCUUCUCCAAAAUUUGAUCAUCAAAUGAUACAUGCAAAUGGUGCUCCAGGAUACAGGGAAAAAGAUUGCGCUACAAAGUCUGUCCACGAACUGAAACCUGAAAUAGUUUUACCUCUUGGUUUUGCUCCCGAUAGCAACAAUGAGAAGCAACAUUCUUCUUGUGAAGAGCAUGGUCCUGAAGGCAGGAGUAAGGCCACUAACUUCGGUGAGAUCAGUGAGAAGAAAAUAAGUUUGGAAGAAUUACUUCGACUCGAAAGCGCGGAAGAGUCGCAGCAUAAAGCCACAGUAAGCUCUGAAACCAGUAAAAACCAUAUGCCAUCUCUUCAAGGAGAAGCAGUUGGACAGGUUUCCACAAAUGCGUCUCAUGGAAUUGAAGCUACUGCAUACAAAACCAGUGAGCUUGUUAAUAAUAGUUUAUCAAGUACGGAGAACACCGAUGAUUGCACAGUAACAACGUCUGAAGAAUGUGAUGUAGAGGCACCACCUGAAUGCUCUACAUCGGCAAUCACAGAUGCUGCUUCCGCUGUACCUAUCUGCAAUCUCGAGAAGACUGAUGAUGCCAGUGCUGAAGGAUUUGAUAAGGUCGAAAAAGCUGGAUCUGGAGUCGAUGCUCCGAGCUCGAGUAGUUCAGACAUCGGAUCAUCUGAGAAGAGCAAUGAUCAGAAUGGAAGUACUGCGCGUGAAGCAAUAACCAAUAAGGUUGAUGAAACUGCAGUAGCAUCAACUUCAUCAGCUGGCAUUGUAGAGCCCAGUGGUGCAAAUGUGGAAAAUAAACACGAGACUGACGGUAUCACUGAUAUACAUGAUUCAACCCAGAGAGACGAAGGAAAUUCUGUGCAUAUGAUGAGCACAGUUAGUAAGAGUCCUACCCAGGCACACGAUAUGGAUGAAGAGAUUGCACCUGAUAGUGCAAAGGCAGAAUCUCAAAUCGGAAAUGGCUAUCCUCCCUCCGAGUCGGGCUUGUUCGGGCCUAGUAUCAUGUCAGCUCCCGUGUCACACUCUGGGCAUCUUGCUUAUUCUGGCAGUAUUUCCAUCCGGUCAGAUAGUAGCGCGACUAGCACCCGGUCCUUUGCAUUUCCAGUAUUGCAGAGGGACUGGAUCAGCAGCCCGGUGAGGAUGGCGAAAGGAGAGCGGAGGCGCGCCAGGCAGCGCCAUGGCUGGAGGAAGGGGCUUCUCUGCUGUAAAUUCUGAACGUAGUUUCCCUGCAGAGAAGUGUCAUCCUACUGCUUCCUUCUAUCGGUCCUGUUGCAGGUUAAUUUCAUGGCUUGUUGGAUUUGUAAGUGGCUUGAAGUAGUAAUUUGUACUAUGAGAGAGAGAGAGAGAGAGAGAGAGAGAGAGAGAGAGAGAGAGAGAGAGAGAGAGAAUGAAGAGGUAUAUAUAGCUGUAGCGUAGUGACCGUGUUUGCCAGUAGGUGCUGCAGGAAUUAGUUUGAUUUGUUCUUGUUGGUUUGUGCUCUUCAUAUACACGUUAAUUGUUUGGUGCUUGGUUCAGAUUUCAGA